AUGCACAUUUUCAGAAGACGUAAAUCCCAACCCCAAGGCCAAAGGGAGCAUGGGGUUAAGGAAAAGCACCAACAGCAGUACCAGCAGCAGCAACAACAACAACAACAACUGUUGUUACCGCCACAGUCUUACCUAAGCCCAUCUCAGCCGCAUCGACACAACUCCAAAGAAUCAACGAAAUCAAAAUCAUCAUCUACGUCCUCAUCCACCCAAAGUACCACGUUAUCCAGUACCAAUAAAGCCACCACCGAUGGAGUUCUGCCGCGGUAUAACGUAGAAAUUCUUCACAAGGGGGAAGACAAGAAGGAAUCAACUGCAGUUCGACAAACACCAACUCACGAGCCAAAUGACAGUGACGAUUGCUUGUCUCCGUUGACUUCUGCUCCCGUUAGUGAACAACAGAGCAGCGACAAUCAUUCAAUAGCAUUAUCAGAAACAGACACCCUUUGCGCCACGCGGAAGCAACGACUUGAAUUACAGGACAUUUACACCGAUAAUUUUACAAUGUAUCUUCCGUUUGUCCUACGGCAAAUGAGAUUAACCGAGGAUCGCCAACAAGCCGAAGAUCGCCGUCGGCGAGAGGCUCGCGCUAAUGCUGGUCGCGGUGGUGGUAGCGGUGGUAGCGGUGGUGGUGGUAUUCGUAAUGUGCCCUCCGUUGAUCAUUUUGACGAGGAUUACGAUGCUGAAAAUGACACCAUUGCGGAUGAUGACUUGUCGACUAUUUUUAACGACAGUCAAUCACCCGAGGAGCAGUACCAAAUUGACCAUCAAAAGAUAAUGGAACGUAGGUUAUCUGCAUACAACUAUAAACGGCUGGUUGUGUUUGUCGGAGGCAUAUUGAAGAAUGAUGUGUUGAUAUUCACGUCCUCGGCCUCGUUCAAACUUUUCAAACAACUAAGAGCCAAUAUCAAAAAGGAGAGGAAAAGCUCGAUGAUUGUGUAUGAUGCCAAUGGCAAUAUCAAGAAACUCACUUCCUUACCUAAUGGGACGAACAAGAAUGAAAUAUCAAGGGCUAAUAUCGACGGUGGUGAAGUGAUUGAUGAACGGAAUCACAUUAUCCCCGUAAGUUACAAGAUCAAGGGGCAAGGAUUGCCACUUUUGAAAAUGCAUCUGCCUACGUUGUCUACGUUUCGAAAGAACACCCCGUAUCUCAUUUUCAAGAAAUUCAAAGAGAUCCCAUCGCCGCCACCAAAUCCAGAAGCAGACGCAACUACUGCUACCACAAACAGCAAAAACAAAAACAACAACAACAACAACAACAACAACAACAACAACAACAACAACAAUAACAAUAACGACACAGAUUUCGAGACUUUUGACUAUUGUUUUGUACACCUGAAGUUUUCGCAAAAUUAUCGUCGAUUCAUAUUCGAAUUCUACCCAAACACACCAUCAAGUUUCAAAAUCGUCAUGUUCCAGUCAAGUUUCAAACCUUUUGCCGACUUUAUCUACAAAAACACCAGGUUCAGAGUCAUUGGAACCACGAUCGCCACGGGGCUCGUCUGCGAGUACAAUCCCCACAUGCGACUACUCGUGAUUGACGAUGACGAGCCUUCGCUUUGCGAUGACACUGUGAAUAAGAAACCGCCAUCUUCCGGCUUCCUCAAAUUGAAGAAAUCGUCACCAAAGGAGGACUAUGUCGAGUUUGAUGUGAAUGAUCCCAAGACUUUUGUUAACCCAAUCCCGAAUAACAAGUUUGUGGAAGAGGAUGGGUUUUCCAAUUGUUGUAAUCGGCGCGCUACGUUUAUCCCAAAUGAACUUCCGCCCUUUGGAUGUUUUAAGGAUGUGGUGUUGUACAAGAAGGAUGAUGGCGGGUUUAUCCCAAAGAAGUACUAUGAGAUUGGUAAGGCUGAAAUUUAUCAGGAUUUGCAGCCAGUGGGAGCAUCAGCAGCAGCUGCAACAGUACCCGCACAGGGAACUCCUGGCACACCAAGACCAACAACAACAGCAGCUACUACUCCUACUACUACUCCUACUACUCCUACUCCUACUCCUACUCCACUGCCUGAUAACGAUUCCUUCCUCAACAGCACCUUGUGGGUAGAUCAAGACACAUUGGUCUUGACUGUAAUUUUGAGCACCUUGAGAGAAGUCAAUGCCAAGAAUGCCAAUAUGUCAAGCGGAACGCCAAUGAUGAGGGGCGCUUCCAGUAUCGGACGUGCUCCCAAUUUCGGGUUAAUGACUGUGGGGUUAUCGGUGUUGUGA